GCCAAGCUUCUCUCUCUCUCUCUCUCUCUCUCUCUCUCUCUCUCUCUCUCUCUCUCUUCGUAUAGUCUUCUCUUCCCCUCCUCCUUAACAAACAUUCUGCCCUGAACUCUUGGGUCGCAGCUUUCAUGGAACUUUAGGUGCUAUUCUUCUCCAGAAAGGGUACAGGUUUUCCAAGAUUGUUGAUUUUAUUGAAGAUUCCAAAAAGAAUAAAUAUGGGGGAAAUACAUAGCUUCCAAUUGGGUGUUGUUGGUGCUCUAGCACUUUCAGUUGCUUCAUCAGUUUCCAUAGUCAUCUGCAACAAAGCUUUGAUGAGCAAUCUUGGCUUCCCAUUUGCAACAACAUUAACAAGUUGGCAUCUAAUGGUUACAUUUUGUACCCUUCACGUCGCGCAACGUUUCAAUGUAUUCGAGUCUAAAUCCAUUGACAUGAAGACAGUAAUGCUCUUUGGCAUUCUAAAUGGAGUUUCAAUUGGAUUUCUCAAUUUAAGCCUUGGGUUCAAUUCCAUUGGUUUCUAUCAGAUGACAAAGCUUGCAAUCAUACCCUUCACUGUAUUAUUGGAGACUGUCUUCCUGAAAAAGCAAUUUAGCCAGAAGAUAAAAUUUUCUCUUUCUCUGUUACUUAUUGGAGUUGGCAUUGCAUCCAUAACUGAUCUUCAACUCAAUCUUACGGGAUCUAUUCUCUCUAUUUUGGCGAUUGCAACGACUUGCGUUGGUCAAAUUCUGACAAACACAAUACAGAAGAGAUUGAAUGUAUCAUCUACACAGCUGUUGUACCAGUCAGCCCCAUUUCAAGCAGCCAUACUAUUUGUUUCAGGUCCCUUAGUAGAUCAGUGCCUCACAAAGCAAAAUGUCUUUGCCUACCGUUACAACUCUCUGGUCUUGGGAUUCAUCAUCCUUUCAUGCGUGAUUUCAGUCUCUGUGAACUUCAGUACCUUCCUCGUGAUCGGCAAGACAUCACCAGUGACUUACCAAGUUCUGGGUCAUCUAAAGACAUGCCUUGUCCUCACCUUUGGCUAUACUUUACUACAUGACCCCUUCACACAGAGGAACAUUAUUGGCAUCUUAAUUGCCAUGUUUGGGAUGGGCUUGUAUUCUUACUUCUGUACCCAUGAGAGUAAGAAGAAACAGAUCAUCGAUCUCUCUACAGUGUCUCAGAUCAAAGAUAAGGAGACUACACCACUUUUGGCAAGCAAGAACAUGGGUCUUGAAGACAAAGAAGGUCUUGAAGUUAGAAAAUCAACCAAAGACUCUCUAGUCUAGCCCUUCAUCUCAUUAUUUUGGUCUGAGUGUAAAUGUUUUCAUUCUUUAAAUAAAUCCCUUGGUCAUAAUGAAGAGAGAGAGAGAGGUGGAAAAGGUUGUAUUACCUAGGGUUACAGCAAGUCUAUGAUUUUUGUGGAAGUCACAAAUACAUCUUAGCCAUCCAUGACCAAGGCUUUUCUCAUCUAAAUUGUCUAUUUUGCAAAGCUAGAAAGCAUAAUAACCAUCUAUAUUUGUAGUUUUCCUUCGCCACUUGGUGAACGAGAGAAAAUAUUCAGCCACUUUUUUAUGAACUGUCAAAUAAGCAUCAAUAGUUCUGAGCCA